CACAAUCCUUCCCCCACCAAAUUCUGCAACCAUGAAGUGGGUGGCAUUAAUUUCUUUAAUUUUUCUCUUCAGUUCUGCUACAUCUAGGAAUCUGAAAAGAUCUGCUCGAGAGGCAGAACACAAGAGUGAAAUUGCCCACCGCUUCAGCGAUUUAAAGGAAACAACUUUUAAAGACGUUGCCCUGAUCACAUUUGCUCAGUACCUCCAGAAGUGUCCUUUUGAUGCACUAGCUAAACUGGUAAAGGAUGUCGUCGACCUUGCACACAAAUGUGUAGACAAUGAGGAUGCCGCAGAAUGCACAAAAUCACUGCCUGCCAUUUUCUUGGAUGAGAUCUGUGGAGUACCAGCUCUUCGUGAUAUGUACGGGUCGAUGGCUGACUGUUGUGCUAAAGAUGACCCUGAAAGAAAUGAGUGCUUCCUAACAUUCAAAAUAAACAAUCCACCAUUCAUUCAGCCAUAUCAGAGACCUGAGCCUGCUGUAUUGUGCAAGGAUUUCACAGACAACAAACAGUCAUUCUUGGAACAUUACCUCUAUAGGGUUGCAAGAAAAGCACCUUUCCUUUAUGCCCCUGCAAUUCUUGCCCUGGGUGCUGACUAUGAGCAUGCAGUUGAAGCCUGUUGUGCAGAGACUGACAUUGGUACUUGCUUGGAUGAAAAGAUGUCUGCCAUAAAGGAAAAAGCCAAAAAACUGAAUUCACGGCAGGUAUACGCUUGUGGAAUCUUAAAGAAGUUUGGGGAGAGAGUUUUCCAGGCAGAGCGGCUAGCCUUCAUUAGCCAAAAAUAUCCAAAGGCUCCAUUUGCAGAAGUUCACAAAAUUGUACAAGAUCUCAAGGGAAUCUACAAAGAGUGCUGCGAUGGUGACAUGGUGGAGUGCAUGGAUGACAGGGCUGAACUCAUGACUUACAUCUGCUCCAAAGAAGAGGCGAUCUCCAGUAAAAUACAUCACUGCUGUGAGAAACCAGUGGUAGAGCGAAGCCAGUGUAUCAUUGAAGCAGAUUUUGAUGACAAACCUGCAGACUUACCCCCAAUAGGUGACAAGUACAUACACAACCCAGACGUGUGCAAAUGCUUGGAGGCAGGACAUGAUGCCUUCCUGGCAGAGUUUCUCUAUGAAUAUUCAAGAAGGCACCCAGAGUUCUCUACUCAGACAUGUCUGAGGAUUGCUAAGCUAUAUGAAGACACCCUGGAAAAGUGCUGCAAAACUGAAAAUCCUUCUGAAUGUUAUGCUAAAGUGGAAGCGGCUAUCCAAGAACACAUCCAGGAGACUAAAGAACUUGUAAAGGCACGCUGUGACCGUCUUGCACAUGAUGGAGAAUUUAACCUCACAGUAACGCUUCUUUUCCACUACACCAAGAAAAUGCCUCAAGUAUCCACAGAAACAAUGCUUGAACUUGGACACAGGAUGACAGCUAUUGGUGUCAAGUGCUGCCAGAAACCCGAAGACAAACGCAUGCCUUGUUCUGAGGGGCUUCUUAGCAUUCUGAUUCAGGAAAUGUGCAAGAAACAGGAAACAACACAUAUAAAUGACCAAGUUGCACAUUGCUGUGAUGACUCCUAUUCUAAAAGGAGACCAUGCCUCACCAAACUGGGAGUGGAUGAAAAGUAUACACCUCCACCAUUCAACCCAAAUGUGUUCAACUUUGAUGAGAAAUUAUGCUCUGCUCCUGAAGAUGUAAAGCAAAAAAACGACUAUAGUUUGCUUAUCAACCUUGUUAAACGCAAGCCCACGAUAACAGAUGAACAACUGCAGAAAAUCACUGCAGGUUUUUCUGGUAUGGUGGAUAAAUGCUGCAAGGCAGAAGACCAUGAUACCUGCUUUGGAGAAGAGGGUGUAUGCCUCAUUGAAAAAAGUAGAGCUAUCUUAGGAAUUGAAGGCUAAAGCAUGGCAGGUCACCAGUGGGGAGAAAAAGGAUUACUAUCUCCUGCUCAAUAUGUCCUCAACAUUACUUCUUUCUCAGUUGUUUACAAUUCUGUUUAGUAAAAUACCCAACACUUUGCAAACAAAACAUAAACUUUUCCAGACAUUUUACAGCUGUAUUUUUCUGGUGAAAUGCAUAAUAAAGAAAGUUUUAAAAAUC